GGCAAAGACAGGAUCGGUUAUCCUCGAGUUACCCUCGAAGCCAAUAAACAUCAUAACAAACAGCAACAAGAAACAAGAAAAAAGAGGAAGAGACAAGACAAGACAUGACGAUAGACGGCAACCGUAUAGCAUGGCCGCCGAUUAAACCUGAUGGUAGCAUUGGUGAACACCAACCACCCCAGUAUCGAGACUUUUCGGUGUUGCGGGAGGAAGAUGUUCCACCCAGUCCCCAGCCGAGUUUGAGAGCGACUCGGAGACGCAAAGGUCCCAAGGAGCUUUCCUUUCCAACCAAGCUUCACGAUAUGUUGACGAACUGCAAGGCCGAAGGGCUUUCACAUAUCAUCUCUUGGAAGGAACAUGGAAGGUGCUUUGUGAUCCCAGACCCGAAACAGUUUGCGGCGAGGAUCAUGCCAUGUUAUUUUAGGCAAUCCAAGUUCCAUAGCUUUCAGAGGCAGUUGAACCUCUACGGAUUCAAGAGGGUGACGACUGGCCCUGACCGUGGAGGCUACUACCAUGAGAUGUUCCUUAGGGAGAAGCGCUUCAUAGCCACGAAGAUGAAGCGUACCAAGGUCAAGGGAGUGGGGCGUAUGCCUUACUCUCCGGACAGUGACCCUGACUUCUAUGGACUUCCUUUCUUGCCGGAAAUUGGAGGCAAGAUCGUCGCCGAAAGUAGCAUCAUGAGGCCCACGGCAUUUGCCGCCAAAUCGGAGGACACCGCCGUCAUCAGCGCCGCGAGCAGCACUAGCGGAGGUGCUAGUGUCGAAGGCAUGUCCACCUGCAGCAUCAACUCGUCUGGAGGGUUGAGCACUCCUGAGCCAACCACUGUUGCGAGUGCUUUUCCUGGACACUUCUUGUCCAUUCCCACACGAAUGACUGUAGGCAUUCCGACGCAGCAAGCCAACGGUAUCUCAGCACUCCGCGAGAGUCAAAUGACCCAGAGCCCAGUCCCCACUGCGUCUGACGAAGUGGCCAGGUCUGCUCAGAGGAUUCUCGCUGAAGUCAAAGGAACCGUCGUCGCUCUUGGAGCCAAAGCAACCUCUGCGAAUGGCUUUGGUGUUGCGCCCCCCAAGGCCGUUACCCGUCACGUCAUCCCAUCUCUUCCUCUUCCAUCAUAUUUCCAGCUCCCUCCUCCUAAUGAAGCCGACAUGAUCAUGGGCGCACUCACUGCCGUUGCCCCAUACUACAAUUUUGAUACCAACUACGCUAAAAGCAAGACUUCGCAACCACCCUUCUUGUAAGUAUAUACCCGCGAACCCAUCUUGCCCCAUUUUGACCAUAAUUGCCUUGCUUUGCUAUUCCAGCAAGAGACACAACAUCGAGAGCACUUGUACUGUCAAUCAUGCCCUGCCUACACACAGUGCUCGAUUUGAAUAUAUAUCCCGCUAUCCUACCAACCACAACCGCAUACCUUGCAAGCCAUGCACAUUUUCCCCUAUUGCACAAACAUCUUUACCUUGACUAUAUAUUGGCUUGCUCCAAUCAUCCUGCCACGACUUCGAAGGCACGAGCUCCUGUUGGAAACAUACCAACUUUGUACAUCUGCUCCUCUGCCAUUGCUAUCUCCCGAUCGGGCGUUGCACCAUACCUGCAGCCUGUUCGGUCCCUGAACAUUCAACUAUACUCCAACGCUUUCUCGUAUGACCAGCAUACGAGGAAGUUAUUCGAUUCGGUUCAAAUCAAACUUCCUGCUCCAGUUCUACGUCUGGAGGCACCCUCAUAUACCGCAUUUUCCGGUUUGAAUCGAAUCGCUCACCGUCCUGAACAUUUCAUCCUGAAUAUUUCGCUACUAGUCAACAUGACACCAUUCCUAUUCGAAGUCCAACGCAACCAACUACAAAUACGCCUGUCUAUACAUUCAACCUCAUGUACACUUUCCUAUUGAUUGAGACGACAAGUGACGCUGACUGCUUACACACACUUGUAUCUACCCGUGUAGCUGUCGAGUCCCGCUAUUGUCACUCAAUCAUCGUUGCUCAUACCAAGCGACAAACCAUAAGUACUCCCAAGAUAACUCAAUACUAAGAGUGCUUAAAAAAACUGCCC